CCGCCCGCCCCCUCGCUCCGCGCGGGCGCGUCCCCGCCCCGGGGCCGGCCGGGGCGGGCUCGGCGGCGGCAGGGCCGAGCGGCUGCAGGGCUGCCCGGCCGCGGGGCCGCCAUGCCCGCCAAGUCCAAGUACAACCUGGUGGACGACCGGCACGACCUCCGCAUCCCCCUGCACAACGAGGACGCCUUCCAGCACGGCAUCUGCUUCGAGGCCAAGUACAUCGGGAGCCUGGAUGUGCCACGGCCAAACAGCCGUGUGGAGAUCGUGACGGCCAUGCGGCGCAUCAGGUAUGAGUUUAAAGCCAAGAAUAUCAAGAAGAAGAAAGUGAAUCUCAUUGUGUCGGUGGAUGGCGUGAAGGUCAUUCUGAAGAAAAAGAAGAAGCUUCUUUCAUUGCAGAAAAAAGAAUGGGCAUGGGAUGAGAACAAAAUGCUUGUCAUGCAUGAUCCCAUCUACAGGAUAUUCUAUGUAUCUCAUGACUCCCAGGACCUAAAGAUCUUCAGCUACAUUGCCAGGGAUGGGUCUAGCAAUGUCUUCAGGUGCAACGUCUUCAAGUCCAAGAAGAAGAGCCAAGCCAUGCGCAUCGUGCGGACAGUGGGGCAGGCGUUUGAGGUGUGCCACAAGCUGAGCCUGCAGCACACCCAGCAAAACGCCGACGGCCAGGAGGAUGCAGACAGUGAGAGGAACGGAGAUGACCUGGACGUCCCAGCCUGUCGCCUCUCCGGCGUGGAGAGAGCGGCCGCCUCCGCCGAGGAGACCGACAUCGACGCCGUGGAGCUGCCUCUGCCCGGAGCUGACAUCCUGGACUUCAGCCGCGGCGUCACCGACCUCGAUGCUGUGGCCAAGGAGAGCUGCCUCCACCCUGAAGAUAUCCUGACAGCGUCACCCAAGAUGCUGCUGCCCUCAUCUGCCCAGCUGCCUGAACUGGGAACACCCCUCUCUGCCCACCACCAGAUGCAGCUUCUCCAGCAACUCCUGCAGCAGCAGCAGCAGCAGACACAAGUGGCUGUAGCACAGGUCCACCUGCUGAAGGACCAGCUGGCAGCAGAAGCAGCAGCACGGCUGGAGGCCCAGGCUCGUGUGCACCAGCUCCUGCUCCAGAACAAGGACUUGCUACAGCACAUCUCACUCCUGGUCAAACAGGUGCAGGAACUGGAGCUGAAGCUGGCGGGGAACACAACCAGCUCCCAGGACAGUCUGCUGGAGAUCACCUUCCGUUCCAACGUCCUCCCUGUCCUCUGCGACCCGACCACCCCGCAGCCCGAGGACACCCACCCGCCGCCGCUGGGCUCCAGCUCGGCUUUCCCCAGCACCAUGGGCAGCCCCAUAGGUAGGAACGACUGUCUGGUGAAGCUGGAGUGCUACCGCUUCCUGCCGGACUCGGGGCCACCUGCCCCAGAGCCAGCCCUGGGCAGCCUGGAGCUCAUCAAGUUCCGCGAGUCGGGCAUUGCCUCCGAGUACGAGUCCAACACAGACGAGAGCGAGGAGCGCGACUCCUGGUCCCAGGAGGAACCGCCGCGCCUGCUCCACGUCCAGCCCAGGCAGGACCUGGGUGACAGCCUGGAGGACGAGAUCGCAGUGUAGGGGUC